AUGGGAGUAAACAAAUUUCAUGGCCAAAUCCCCACUUCACUAGCCAACACAACGAAUCUUCAUACGAUUUAUCUCGCUGAAAGUGCAUUCCAUGGUAUUGUGCCUUCUUUUGGGACUCUUCCCAACUUAAUCAGCCUAGAUCUAGGCGAGAAUAGUCUCGAAGCAGGAGAUUGGUCCUUCUUAACCUCCCUGACCAAUUGCACUCAACUGGUGGAAUUAUUAUUGGAUGCAAACAUCCUUCAAGGAGAUUUACCCAAUUCUAUUGGAGACCUUUCAAAGAGUUUAGAGGUAUUGUUAUUAAGAACAAAUAAACUAUCUGGCACUAUACCAAAAGAAAUAGAGCACCUCACAAACAUCAAACGUCUUUACAUGGAAAAUAAUUUGCUUACCGGAAGUAUCCCCAAAUCACUUGGAAAUCUUGAGGACUUGAUUGAACUAAGCUUAUCCCAGAAUAAACUUUCUGGACAAAUUCCGCUAUCAAUUGGCAGUCUAAGUCAACUGAGUGAGCUAUAUUUACAGGAAAAUAAUUUGAGUGGCCCAAUCCCAAGAAUUCUAGGGGAUUGCAAAAACUUGGAAAUAUUGAACCUCUCUUGUAACCGCUUUGAUGAUAGCAUACCAAAGGAGCUAUUUACACUUUCCUCCCUUUCAAAAGGUUUGGACUUAUCUCAUAACAAACUCUCGGGACAAAUACCACAUGAGAUUGGCAGCUUGCUCAACCUUGGCCCAUUGAAUAUUUCCAAUAACCAGUUGUCUGGAGAAAUACCCUCCACUCUAGGUGAGUGCGUCCAUUUGGAGUCGUUGCACAUGGAGGGGAACAAUUUUCAUGGGAGAAUCCCUCAAAAUUUCUUGAAUUUGAGAGGCAUCAUUGUGAUGGAUCUAUCGCGAAACAAUUUGUCCGGUGAAAUCCCUAACUUCUUUGAGUCCUUUAGUUCCAUGAAGCUUCUAAAUUUGUCGUUCAACAACCUCGAGGGACCAGUACCACCAGGUGGGAUGUUCCAGAAUGGAAGUGAGGUGUUCAUACAAGGUAACAAGAAGUUAUGUGCAAACACCCCAUUGCUAGAGUUGCCACUUUGCAAUGGAGUGAAAUACAAACAAAAGAUGCACAUCUCCAAGAUCCUUAAGAUUGUAGCAAUUACUGCUCUUUCUUUGGUUCUGUCAUCAUGCUUUGGAGUCAUUAUUUUCAAAAGGAGAAAGAAAAUCGAACAAGCAGCACAUCCAUCUAUCAAGGAGUUAAAGAAGUUGACAUAUGCUGAUUUAGUGAAAGCAACAAAUGGUUUUUCUUUAACCAACUUGGUUGGUUCAGGAAAAUAUGGGUCUGUAUACAAAGGCAGAAUUGAUUCUGAAGAACAUCAUAUAGUUGCCAUCAAAGUUUUCAAACUUGAUCAACUUGGAGCAACAAAGAGUUUCCUUGCUGAAUGUGAGGCACUGAGAAACACUCGUCAUCGUAAUCUUGUAAGGGUGAUCACCGUAUGCUCAACAAGUGACCCAAGAGGAAGUGAGUUCAAGGCUCUUAUUCUUGAGUUUAUGGUAAAUGGCGACUUGGAGAGUUGGCUCUAUCCGACACAACUCCACGAGCAUCAUCCAGAAAGGCCGUUGUGUUUGGGUUCAAGAAUUGCAAUAGCAGCAGAUAUAGCUGCUGCUUUGGAUUAUCUCCAUAACCAAUGCAUGCCUCCUAUGGUCCACUGUGAUCUGAAGUCUAGCAAUGUCCUUCUGGAUGAUGUCAUGGGCGCAUGUGUUGGUGACUUCGGGUUGGCUAAGUUCCUACAUGGUUAUUAUUCUUCUUCUGGAAUUGAUGGUUCUACUUCUACAAGCUUAAUGGGGCCAAGAGGAUCAGUUGGAUACAUUGCACCAGAAUAUGGAUUUGGGAGCAAAAUCUCGACGGAGGGUGAUGUUUACAGCUAUGGAGUCAUCAUCUUAGAGAUGCUCACAGGGAAGCGUCCAACUAACGAGAUGUUUAAAGAUGGAAUGAGCCUCUACAAAUUUGUGGAAGAUUCAUUUCCGGAAAAGAUUUGUGAGAUUCUAGAUCCUGGAAUCAUCAUCCCCUAUUAUGGGAACCGAGAUGAAGAAGAAGCGGGCAGUUCUUCAUACCAGGAAAACCAUAGAAUGGCUGCAGGAAUAAUUGGCUGCAUCACGGCUCUUGCUAAACUUGGCCUGCUGUGCGCUGCAGACACGCCUAAAGAUCGCCCAGCAAUGCAGGACGUCUACGCUGAUGCCAUCACAAUCAAAGAAGCAUUUUCAGCAUUGCAGGGCUGA